UUGGUUGUCACGAAAGAACGUACUGGUUUACCGGUCGCGAAGCGUUCGUCCAUGCCCGCGAUAUUAAAAGUGUGGUUAUGUAGCGCACUGCUUAACAUUACAUUCAUUCAUUUAUGUCAAGCUGUAGGAUUGUAAAGCAGGAAAUAUUUUCUUACAAAUAGACACAACUUGUCUGUUUAUUUGGGCAAAAUUUAUAAACGAUUUUGAAUGCGGUGAUAAUUUUUCAACAUGGAAGUGGCUCCAAUGGGCAACUUGCCUUGCAGCAAGGAUUUAUGGUCCAUAAUAUCCGGCACAACGUGUUGUUGUGCCAAAGAGACAGUCGAAGAAGAAAUAAAAAAUAGCACUGUCUUACUCAAGGAAGGACUUCAGUUUUUUAAGCCAUAUACAGAUGCGUCGUUGCAAAGCAUUUCAAAAAGGGAUCCACCUCCUCUUCAACAAAUGUAUGAUUUGAUUAGCAAACUUGCUCCACUUCUUAAUUUGGACGCCACAAUUACUUGGGAUCUAGUAUGCAAUUUUGUAUCCUAUGAAUAUAGAAAUUGUGCUGAGACUUUUGCAUCGCAGCUCUCUGAUCUUACCGCCAUAAGAGGAUUAAUUGAUGAUAUUUGGAAUUUUUAUUACUCUGAAAGAGUGACUUUGAUAAAAUGCCUUAAACUUAUGAUUGAAUAUAAAGAUAACAAAAGACAUCCUCAUCACAAAGAAUUUUCCAAAUUUUUUAAUGAGAUUCUAAUGGGAAAUCUACUUAAAUCUAUACAAAAACAAAUAGAAGCAUUAAAAUUUGUAAAUCCUCCUACACGAUCGCAAUUCUGUACAGAGGAUCAUUUACAUAGAUUAUAUAAUAGUACCUUGAUUGAGAUGCGCGAGUUGCUUCAUAUACUGACUGUGAUUGUACAUGAUGUACAUAUUCCUAGUUGUGAAUUUGUCAAAUUUUAUGGUAGCAUUGCGGGCGAACCUAGACGAUUAGCCAGUACAAAGAACUAUGAAGAUAAGGAAGCUAUUACUAAAAAACUAGAAGAGAUUGAAUACAGUCAAGUAGCAUUAUUACUAGUAACACUGGAUGUGAACAAACACACUGGUAUGGAAGACUGGAUAAAUAAUGUAAAAAACAAUAUGCAAGAGAUCUUUGAACACAAAUGCAUUCGUGAAAGUUCAUCACAAGAUGGUCCAUUACUCCUGUCAUGGAUGCUAGCAAAUUAUGCAAUUGACCCAGACAAUAUGGACACGUUAAAUCGCUUCAGACCGUUCGGCAUCAAAGCCAUACAGCUCGAUGUAUUUCAGUAUCUGCGAGAUUUGAUGAGUUGUGAAAUGUUUCAAGAAGAAACUCAUUAUGCUGAAGUAGUACGGAACAGCGUUUACAAUCUUCUCUCUUUGGUGUGCGAAUUUAUCGACGAGGAUCGGAUAAGUGCUUUAAAUGGUAUUUUUGAUGCGAUGGCUGCGAUAGUCAAGUUUCCAGAAUGCGCAGCUAGAUUCUGGGACGAACCAUACGACGGCAUUUAUUCGAUUUAUAAAGUUGCCAAAGAAUUAUAUCCUUACAAGUUUGAACCUUUAACUAACAUAGCUAUUAGUUUGGCAUCGACAACCGUUAUGAGUGCCAAAAAGAUUGCAUCGGAAUUGGAUAACAUGCAGACAGUGACCAUAGAAGUUCCUCGUCAAAGAGAUUAUAAUAGGCCAUUAAAGCCAUACGAAGCAGAAUGUAUAAUUCAAAAGAAUUCGUUUACUAUAUCACACAAUUGCGUGUGCGUGAACGUUGCCAUGUUAUCCACUGAGAAAGAAGUAGUUUUAUUUCAUACGAAAGCAAGUUACUGGGACGCUUUACAUCAUAAAAUAGAACAGUUAUUUUCUCAAGCGAGCGGCGGAAUUACAAAUAUCAGCGCGGUCAAGACUGAUUUACCGAAAAAUGUUCGUCAAGGCUUGAAAUUGGUGGAAGCGUUACUGGCUAAAGAUAUUGAUAUAUCAUCGGGUAUGGUUGUUCCCACAGAAUUAAGUUUUGAAAUUAUUAAUCGAUUUUCAUACCCGGUAUUACCAGCAAAUUUGUACAGAAUUGUUGCCGUGUGCAUCAGUAUUUCAUCAAAAUUGGUUUUGAGAUAUCCUGAAGAUAUUCUCACGCGAAUGCGAUCUGGUAUUUAUCCAAAAUUUAAUAAUUGGUAUCAAAAGCCAUUAGAUUUCGCAGAAGCGAUUUCCUUUGAUGGUGGUCUUAUCGCGUCAUGGCUCUCAGGAAUAGAAACCAUCGAACAUACAUAUCCUAUUCUGCGCGCGUUUCUAGACACAUUGUAUAACUAUUUAAUCGCCAAACACAGUAAAGAAGCCAUGUAUACCAUUGAAAUACCAGGUAUGGUGUUUCUGCUGCAAGCUGUGCUACCCAAGCUGGACUCGUGGUACUUUGAAUCUAACGCGGAAAGAAUUGAAUUAUGGCUGAAGAGUAUGUUUUGCAUUCAUCGAGCUCUGGAUUCCGCUUUACCUAGAAAUGAUAUUCGUAACGAAUUACAGCUCGUCGUAGUAUACAGCCUACUCUACUUAGAGCCACGUCACGCGCUGCUGAAAUUACUUCGGACGGGUGAACGUACACUGCACAAUAAAAUGAUCGCGGAAACAGAUUGGAUCAGUGGAAAAGGAUUCAAGACUAUUAAAAGCGUAGAACUGGCUUUGUCGAUAGUUAAUCGACUGUUAAUGUUUAGGAAGUCUUUGGGUCUAGAAUUGGGCGAUAGAUCGCCCCUUGAAAUUGCUUUAUAUUCCUCCCCGAGAGUGCCCAAUGGUCUUCUUAUAGUGCCAACUAUCGUUAAUUAUCUGUACGUUUGGUUUAGCCCUUCAUUGCAGAAAAUGGCUGUAAGACUACUGAAAAAAUUCGCGGAGGAAUUCUCCAUGUCUUUGCUCGUUUGUAUGGGAAUGGACGGUACUUCUAUACGAGAAACCUUUGCAUUUCGAUUAACUCUACCAACAUGCGCGAUUGAAGUGAAAGUCGCUAUCUUGGAAUUGGUUGCUGUAUGUUUGGAGAAACAACCUGGCUUAACGGAAGCUCUUUUUAAUAUAAUGCAUCAAGCGGAACGCAAAAGAAUCUUUCCACGUCCAGCUGAUGAAUUUCUUACUGAAGGUUGCAGUCAGUUUAUAGAUUCAUACUUAGAACGAAUGUACAAGGAAGAUGACAUCGUGUGCGAUAAAUUGUACGACAGUACGAUGACAGUAUUACGCGCCAUGUGGUAUCACAGAAAUGAGAUUCUUGUGAAUUUCUUUCGGAAACGAGAGAAAUUCUGGAGUCACCUAUUCGCGCCACUUUUCAAAACUUUAGUACCAGGUGCAAAGGGUUAUUCUCAAUUGUUGGAUGUAAUUACGUUAGAAUUGUACAAAAGCCCAUUACUGGAGAAUAAUUUCUCGAAAAGUCUAAAAGAGCUUUUAGACAAGUCAAAGGAUCAUUGGAAAAAAUUAGCUAUGUAUAUUCUCGAUAUUUCCACAAACGGCGAAGAUGAAAACGGUAAAGAACGUACAAGACAAGACAGACUCAUAGAACCGUUGUAUGAAAUUAAUUUAGAGUCUUGGUAUCACUUCAUCGUUAUGCUCACUGAUGAUCGAACGGCGAAGAAUUAUCCAAUCAACGUAACUCAAGCGCAUCUCUUAACCCAAUUGGCUUUAGAUUCUCUACUGGAGCGAGUGAAAGAACCCAACGAUUCUAGUAGCGGUAAAAUUCCGAUGUUGUUGGCUUCCUUGUCUCUAAGAUGCAUCACAUCCUGGAAGCAAAUGUGUGUUGGCGACUCAAGAAUCUUCAAGACCAGGCUGUCGCAGCUCACGCAAGAAAUAGCGCAGACUUAUCGUGGCUUUGGAAAGGCAUUACGGCAGACGAUGAUCUCGUUAUUACUUGGAUGCGUGCAACUGGUCAAAAGUACCUUAGCCGAAGAUUCGGCGAGUUUGGAGUAUCUCCUAGCGCACUCCUGCACGAUCGCCAUUUGUGAACUAGAGGAAUUGAAAGAAGCUGCCCUUCAAUUGGAACAUCGAAAGCAGCAACUUUCCGUUAAUCUCUCCAAAAUCGACGAGAAAGUUACACGGAAGAAAGCUGAUUGUCAUAGCGCCGAGACACUUCGUGGUAUACGAGAAAGCCUACCGGCAACAUUAGCUAUCAGCAUGGUGACGCAACUGUUGCGAUCGUACGUCGAACGGAAUGCAAAUUUCAAACAUCGUCUAAGAGCUAGUUGCGUGCAGCUUCGCCAGAUGAUGCCCGAACUAAUGAUGUGUACCUGUUAUACGCUUCAGAAGUAUCCGUAUCUAAAAUUCAGUACGGCAGCUCUGAGUUUAUUAGGCGUUAUAUCGCGUUCGCCCUACUGUCCGUAUCCUAUCAACGACAACGACAUCGCGAAACUCUGGCUCAAUCUGAUCCCACCAGCAGACAUCUCCAACAGUAUGCUCGAUUCGCUGUACAACGAUUCGCCAAAUGGUCAGUGGCGUUGCCAGGAUUGGUGGCCGUUGUACACAUUAGGCUUAGAAUUCCUGAUAGGUCUGAUCAACAGCGAGACGAGCAUGAUGUUCAUUAAUCAUGUGGUUGUUUUCUUAAACUCUCAUGAACACCAAUUAAUGGUAGUGUCCACAUUAUUGAGGCACACCGCUGAUCUGCUGGCUGCCGAUUUGAUACAAUCAUUGGUCGCUCUCAUACAUACCAUAGCUACGGAAACGUACGUUUGGAACGCGAUCCAGCCGAAUAUUCGCGAGACUCUUAUCAAGUGCAUGUACUUGGCGUACGAUAGUACGGUGAACUUGUUGCUCAGGCCGCGGAUACUCAAAUUCAUCAUUGAUGGUAUCAGUGUGGAAAGCGCCGAAGAACUCGAAUCCUGUGACAAUCGGUUACCCAGCGGCGAGUUGAAGCUACUGGUAAACAAACUGAUUGUCAUAAAUAUAACUUGUGCGCUAAGCUUCGUUCAUUUCUCACCGAAACUGAACACUCUGGUAGAUACGAUAUAUACUCAGGAUUACUGGUACACACCGAUGGCCGAGAUGAACUUUGGGCCUCCGCAGAUGAGCAUGAGUUCCGGUCCGCAACUCACUUAUGGCACGAUCAUCAGUUCGACGCAGCUGUUCACCCAGGCUCUUCACUCUCGCUCGCAGCCCGUUGUCGCUUCUUCGUUGCCUGCGUCUUCGACAGCCCCACAAGCCGGUCGCGAGGACAAAACAGAUUCCGCGAAGAAGGAAUGGGAACGGGCCGCGCCAGAGAAUCUCCGACGCAUGCACACGAGUAAGGAUUUACGACGAAUCAUUCACGCGGCCUCCGGUUCGACCUCCAGAACAUCGUCUAACAUAGGUGGAGAAUUCUUGGGAUACGUCAGUGGUCUAGACGUCACCGUGCCGUUGCUCAGCAGUCCUAGACUCGUGCGUCGACCCUACGAUCCUUUGAUAUGCGAGAACACCAUACUUUCGAGGGCAACCGCCUUGGCGACUGGUAGGCACGUUACGAAGAGCAGCGGCAGCGGGGUUGCCGGCGCUCCGGGUAACGGUAGUCCGAUCAUAGCGAGAAAUCACAGAUUCAGCGAUCCGUGGUUCGAAUCUAUGGAUGAGAACAAUACACGAUUGGCAUUAGAAAUCAAUCUUAUCCUGAUACUGUCGCAAGCAUUGGAAGGAGUGAAGAGUCCCAGACUUGCCUUGCGAGAUCGUCAGCUCAUUGCACGGGAGACCGCCACCGAACUAGGUGUAUUUUUCGAUUUUCUAGAACAUCGCGGUACUCCUGAUAUCUGGCAGGUGAAAGGUUCUCUGAUAGACGUAGAUACAAGGAGUUCCAGGACGAUUCAAGAUACGAGUGAUCCAAGGCAGAUGAAUUUACCGGCAAGACUCCAGAAGAAUAGUACUAUUGACAAAACACCGGUAUGCUCGCCCGAUCACGAAAAUUCUUCAUUGGAGAUGAACGAAACUGAAAUGCCAGAGAAAAGACUUGACGAAAGUAUCCUCACCACUGGUGUUUUCAAAACGAAUGUAAGCAGUGUGCAGUUUUUACCGUUAAUGGGAAAAUUACUCAAGACAGUUGUCGAAUCUUUAGACUCGGCACAAUUCUGAUAAACUGUAUUCUUAAAACAUAGUUUUUAUAUAUAGCAUGUAUAGACCUGAAAUGAAAUCUGGAUCUGGACAUUCCAGAUACUUGAUAUGAUACAGAAAAAAACAAUAGAUAAUUUCGAUACUU